AUUUUUAUAAAUAUUUUAAAAUCUUGUGGUAUGUUUAAAAAUUCGCCCUUUCUUAUAUGUUCAUGUUGGGAAUGUUAAUCUUGGAUAGAAGGUGUUGGAAAGCUGGUCCUGAUUUAAUUAAUUAUCUCAAAACUGUUGAAAUAGGGAUUUGGGCCUGUUAAAGAAACCCGAGGCCCAUAUAUACCAUAGAAACCCAGGAUAUACUGUUGCCUUGUUGAGUUAAAAUGUAAAUAAACGAGGCCCGGGAAACUUUUGCAGGAGUAAUCUAUCAUAGCGGGAAAAGAAGGGACAAAAUGUCAAAAUAAAAAAUUUCAACACCUUUUGCUGUUACCAUUUUUCCAUCAAAACCAGAAGAAGCUGAAGCAGAUGCAGUCGAAAAUCAGCACCUUCUUCAAGCCCUCUCCUUCUCCAUCUUCCUGCGAUUUGUCUGCCGCAGUUCAUGAAGAGUUACGGGGAGAGCCAGAAAUCACCGUCACCUACAAGCGCCGGAAGUUUAAACAGCUAUGCAAGGUUGAAGGUGGAUCGAAUAACAAAUCCUUAGAGGAAAAUGAUUGUGAGGACAAACUAAUCAAAUCGGAGCAUGCUGGGUGUAGCAAAAAUCUAAGUAAAAAGAGAAAUUAUGCACAGUUACAUCUGGAGGUCGGUCAAUCCAAUUUUCUAUGGGGCGCGUGUAAAACUUGCGGUUUUAAGUAUGCUCCAGGAAUUGAAGGUGAUGAAAAAGUUCACAAGGCAUUUCACAAGAAUUACACACAUGGGGUGCCUUGUAAGGACUGGUCUAGUGAGAGGAUUAUAGAUGCACCUGGAAAGGGACGCAUUAUUUUGGUGCAAGAAGGUGAUCCUACCUCCCAGCAAAAUAAGCAAAUCCUGCAAGUUCGUGAGGUUGUGCAGAUGAUGGAAAUGGAGUGGAUAAUGGAUAAGCACUGUAAGAACUCUCGAGGAAGCAAGCUUUGAUGGCGUGAUUUUGCACGAGGAUGAGGUCACUCCGUGUAAUAAAGCUCAUAGCCAGUAAUCUACUUGAUGCCGCACGAAAGUUUUCUGCGAAGGCUCGAUUCUUGACCAAACACAGGUAGCAUUUUCUCAACCCUCCUUACUAGUAAAGGCUUUGAUUUCUAGUUAUACAAGAACAAGUUCUUUAUUGGUCUACACUACAGCUGAAACAGGUUAGAGGAAGUAUAAUCAUCAAAGUUACAUACUCAUGUCACUUUUUUCAGAGAUUUAUAGUUCUAAGGAUAUAUGUGCCUUAAACAAAACUGAUCCCCACUGAUUAUACAAAAUUGAAAUUUUAUUUCGUUGUGAUCCAUUUAAAUGCUUCAUUCAAAUAUCUGAUCAGACAUUUUUCAUUGAAAAACUCUGUUGUUCAUUAAAUCUUGAUGAUUUCCUCCAGUUCAUGUUAAUCUUGUGACCAGAAUUACGGUUGGGUUUCAAUUGAGUCGGGUGAUUAAUUUGAGCAGUCCCUUUGAAUGUGAUUAUUUUACACUAUUGUUUUAAUAAAUAUAUGGAUUUUCUGUAAUUAUGGACAAAUAUUUGGGGCAACGCAUAGAGUGAUUUAAUUUUGAGAAAAACGUUAACAGUGCCCAGGGUCAGUCAAGGAAGUAAUAUAGUCGGUAGCUCACUUAGAGGCUAACAAGUGUUUGUACCAAAAAUUGAAAGUAGAAACUUUAUUCAGACUGUUGGCUUGAUGAUUUGUACUUUUACAAUUCCUAAUCCCUGUUGGAUUUUUGUAGACAUAAAAAUAUGUAGCACCUUUUUUACAUUGGAACUACUCAAUCCCGACCUGACCAUUGUCAUCCCUAUUCAAAGUUGUCUAUAUUCUUUCAUCUAUUUCUUUUGGAGUUUAGUUAGUUUAAAUUCUUCCGAAAACUCUUUCAAUCAACAUCGCAAUAUAGCUCCUUGAGUACUCUCAAGCCCAAGCGAUAUACGAGUAAGACCACGACAUUCCUUGGUUGGAUGAGAUGGUUUGGAUGGUGUUGAAAGAGCAACUUGUUGAUAAUGAGGAGUUACUAAAUGUAAAUGUGUGUGAACUAUAAGAGUAAGGACGUAAAGUGCAAUGUAAUUGUGAUCGCCAAAAGAAAAUAGAUCGGCAAUUUAGUAUUUAUUGCUCUUUGAGUAUGUCUGUGAGUAUUGAAGAAAUUGAAGGUGGUCCCUAAUACGGUACAAUUCAAUGCAUUUAUACAAGCUAUAAAAAGAAAGACAAUGAUUACAAUAUGCCAAUUAUGAGCGUGUUUGAUAGACACGUGUCUUAAAGAGUUGCAUACAAGAGACAUGAGAAUGACGUUUUUAAAGAUGAAACAUGACUGAGAGGUCUCUUUUUUAAAUCAUUUUCACAUUAAAUCAGCAUAUCGAUCUUGGCAGUCUUUUGAUAGAUCAACACUGAAUGCCUGUUUAUGCAGAUAAAAAAGUUAUAUUUGCUAGUUUUGCUAAUAAAAUAUAUGAGUUGUAUAUUUGCUAUAAAAAUGUGUUGG